CUCCCUGCAGGAUGGCAUGCUCACGGACCUGCUCCCGCAUCCUGGGGCUCAGCCUUGGGACCUCAGCCUUGUUUGCCAUGGGGGCCAACCUGGCACUCCUCUUUCCUAAUUGGGAUGUGAUGUACCUGCUGAGGGGCCUCAUUGGCAGGCAUGCCAUGCUGGGCUCUGGGCUCUGGGGAGGAGGCCUCAUGGUCCUCAUGGCAGCUACCCUUAUCUCCUUGAUGGGCUGGAGAUAUGGCUGCUUCAGUAAGAGCGGGCCCUGCCGAAGCAUGCUUGCUACCCUGUUGUCAAGUGGCCUGGCUUUGCUCGGAGCCAUGAUUUGCUUUAUCACUUCUGGAGUAGCCCUGAAAGAUGGUCCUUUGUGCAUGUUUGACGUCUCAUCCUCCAAUCAGACACAAGCUUGGAAAUAUGGUUACCCUUUCAAAGACCUUCAUAACAGGAAUUACUUGUAUGACCACUCGCUGUGGACCUCUGUGUGUCUGGAACCUUCUGGAGCUGUGGUUUGGCACGUGUCCUUCUUCUCUGUCCUACUGUGCAUCAGCCUCCUCCAGCUUCUCCUGGUGGUCAUUCACCUUAUCAACAGCCUGUUGGGCAUCUUCUGCAGCCUCUGUGAGGAGCGAUAGGUUCACGACUGGGACCCACCUGAUCCAUAAAAGCUCUCCGUGCAGGAGGAAGGACUGAGGCCUUCACACAAUUGGUAGAGAAUUUAGAGAUACUUUCUAUCUAGUUUUGGACCACGAGGCACAUGCACACAUGGAUGAAUGCACACUCACAUGCUGAUGCAUGUGCACUCAUACACACUGACCAAGUCCACGUAGU